UCUUCACAACUCACAAAGAAGCUCGAAUAUCAAAAAUUAAAAAUCACUUGCUGUUUACCCGGAACAUACAAAGAAAGUUUAAGACGUGAAUUGCAGUAAAGGUGUAACAUAAAAACACUGCGAAAUAAUUUGUCAAUAAAUGGGUGUGUGAUAUUGUUUAAAAGUCAAAUAAAAAACAUGACGAAAAGAAACAAUAUAGACUUUUCUUUGUUAAAAUUUGAACAAUUGCAUUUGCUAUCAAAAGAAAGUUGAGUUAAAAAAGUAUGCUUGCAUUUUUGAUAUUGAAAGAUUUGAAUAGCUCAUUAUUUGACAAAGUGUUUGAAUAUUUAAAAUAUCCUAAAAUAUAUUUAAGUCAUGGAUGACAAAAAAUACAAAGAUAUCUUGCUGAAAAUUGCAGUUAAUUUGUUGGAUAGAGAUGUUGAAGCAAUUAAGUUUUAUUAUUCAAAACAGAUUGGUGAUGCUGAUCUUGAAAGGAUUACAACUCCGUUCAAAUUAAUUCAAAUUUUAGAACAGCGUAUGCUUUUAGGGAUCGAUAAUUACAGUUCUUUUGUAGAGGUGCUUACAAAAAUUGGAAGGAAUGACUUAGUUAUUUAUUUCUUUGAUAUUUCAAGUUCACCAAACAAAGAUUCCACUGUUUCUUCCAGUAAAGAUUUGUCAAGGUCGUCUGCAAUAUUGAAAAAGUAUUAUCAAAAAUAUUAUUGGAAAAUUAAUGAACUUCAACCACUAAUAAAAGCACCUGUAGAUGUUGAUCUAAAUCAAAAAUUUGUUGAUCUAUGUAUUGUUGAUGCAGUGAAUGCUCAAGUGGAACGCUCAAAGGAUGCUGUUCUAAGUGUUGAACGAAAGAAAUUCCUUGAAAAACAAAUGAAUUAUACACCAAUAAAAUAUAGUGAAAUAUUUACGAAAGAAAAAUCAGUCUUAUUAAUAUCUGGAAUAGCUGGUAUUGGGAAAACAUGGUUACUUAGAAAAUGUUUGCUUGAUUGGUCAAAUGGUUUAAUUUGGAAAAAUAUUGAACUUAUUUUUUAUUUGGAAUGCAGGAGACUUAAUCAAUAUUCAAAUAUUUCUAAUAUAAAUGAAUUACUAAAUGUUUUUUACAAAGAUAUUGUAAACGACUUUAAUAUAAAUAGUCACACUGCACUGUUUAUAAUUGAUGGGUUAGAUGAGUUUAAAUAUUUCAAUGAGUUAUUAAAUCCAAGUUUGACAUGUAACUACCCGAUUGUUAAUGUUUUAGCAGAAAUUCUAAAGUACAAUCAUGUAAUUGCUGGUAGAGUUUAUGCAAUAGAUCAAUACCAAAGUAUAUCUACAGAAUAUAGUGAUAAGUUGACUGUUCAAAUAAUGGGGUUUAAUGAAAAUGGAAUUAAUAAUUAUGUAGAAAACCAUGUUAUGGAAGAAAAAAAAAAAAUUAUAAAAGCAAUUUUAAAAGAAUCUUCAAUUGCAAAAGCCAUGGCAUCUGUUCCUUUUUAUUUAUCUUCAAUGUGUAAAAUUAUAAGUGAUUCAAAAGAUAUGGAUUUAAUUUCUUUCUUAACAAUGACAGAUUUGUAUGCAAAUAUUUUUUUGUACUUUAUACGAAAACACAUCAUUAAAAACAACAAAUUGGUACAUGAGAUAAUAGAAGACAGCUCCAAUAAAAGAUAUAUUUUAAAUAUAUGUAAAAUUGCAUAUGAAAUGUUUGUGAACAAUAAAAUAGUUUUUUCCAAAAAAGAAGUUUAUGCUUUUAUAGGUGACUUUGAUAAAAAUGAAGAUAAGUAUUUUGGUUUUAUAGAAAAGAUUGAAACAGACCUUGGUAGUUAUUAUCAAUUCGCACAUUUGACAAUAAUGGAGUUUUGUGCAUCUGUUUAUGCAUAUAAUUAUUUAAGUAGUGAUGAGAUUAUGGUCAAUGAGAGGCUGAAGAGUUGUUUAUCAAUGAUUUGUGGAUUAGCCAAUAAAAACCAAAACAGUUUAAUAAAGUUUCUUGUUAACCUGAAUCCUUCAACAAAAUCCAGUGAAGAAUCUUUAAUUUUGUAUUCUGUUUUGG